GCCUCGCCUUCAACUCGCGCCUCUUGUUGUCUGAUUCCCUGCGUCACCGUCAUUGCCUCUUGCCUGUCUCGUCUACUUCUUCCCCAGACAACCACACAUCAUGGCUGAUCAACCCCCACCUGAGCAAGACACGGCCAUGUCUGACGCCGACAAGAUCCGCGCCAAACGCCUUGCAAAGCUCGGGGGUCCUACCACCCCAGCUGGAGCUUCACAGCCCUCCUCAACAGGCCCAGAGGCUCCAACCUCUGGCAGCUCAACACCUAAGCCCGCAGAGGCGCAGGCACCCGCACCGCAAGCAUCGAACCCAUUCUCACAACUAGGGAUACAGCCCCAGGAGAAGCCCAAAACACGAAUCAAUAUCAAGUCAAAGCCCACCGAAUCGUCAGGCAAUAGCACCCCACCACCCCCGCCUGCACCCAAAGCUCAGGAAGUCAGCCUGGAGGCAUGGGAGGACCGUACUAUCAGCGGCAUCUUCAGAAUUACCUUGGAUGAGACUCGCACACAAGAUUCAAAUGGACACAGGCUCUACUUUGCCUCGGGCGCGCGGGGCGAUCUAGAAGAUGAGGGCAGGGCCAUCCGAUUCACCACAGAUCUGCUGGACUCUGUGAUAUUAGAGGCUGCAUCGAGCCACUCGCAGGGCAAAGCGUUGGAUUAUCUACUCUGCUGCUGGAAGCGGGUUUCGAAACUGUUCAAGAACAUGACCAACAAGAACGAUCCCAAGCACGACAUCGUAAAGGAGGCUCGACGGCUGUGCUUCAGCUACUGUAUCUUCGCCGCCACCAUGCCGGACAUGUUUGGCGAGGAAACUCCAGCAGAAAAUGCUUUGGCCGACCAUCUACUAUUGGGACCUGAAGACGAACACGGCGUUUGCUUCGACUUUCUCCACGAAUCAUGUGCUCGUUUAGACGAAGACGAGAGUGUCAAGGAAGCUCUGGUAGGGGCUAUGGAAGACUUGAGCCGGAGACUAGCAACCAUCACUAUGAAUGGUGACUAUCGGCCCUACAUGAUGACGUUGCGAAGCUUUCUGCGAUUCCAGCCGCUCGUCGCUGCCUUGUCGCAGUCUGCAAUGUUCUUGCCAACAGAAGUCGAGGCCCAGAAUAUAGAAAGGGAGACUCUGCUCGGACCUUACUUUGGACUGUCUCCCUUGCAAAACGAAGUUGCACUGAAUUACUUUGCCAGUGCUAGUACCCAGGAUAACGGUCUCAUCGCAAACGCGCAAAGAGCUCUUCGUAUGACUCUAUCGACUCACCAAGACGAGCUCCUCGAGAUCGCGAAUCACUUCAUUAGGCACAAGGAAUCUCGGGAAGCCAUGUUGAACUGGUUUGCCUUGGCAGUGAAUAAGAACCAUAAGAGACGGGCCUUGCAGGUCGACUACAAGACGGUAUCGUCUGAUGCGUUCAUGGUCAAUGUCACAGUCGCCCUAGAUCGCUUGUGUGAGCCAUUCAUGGACGCCACCUUCUCCAAAAUCGACCGUAUCGAUAUUGACUAUCUGAGACGUUCACCUCGUAUCGACAUCAAGGAUGAGACUAAGAUCAAUGUUGAUCAGCAAGCCUCAGAUGAGUUCUACGAUGUCACUCUCGGUGGUGUGAACAACUUCAUCUCCGAAGUGUUCUUUCUGGCUGUGGCGGCUCACCACUACGGUACCGAGGCCGCCAACGCGAAGCUGUCGUCGCUGCAGAAGGAUGUCAAGUACCUGAAAAAAGAGUUGGAGAAGAUGGAGGCCGAACGGCCGAAGUACUCUUCGAACCCUGCGCAAUUGAGGGUGUUUGAUAUGCAUGUCAAAAGGACCAAAGACAGCAUUGAGCGGGCUUCUUGCGCCAUCCUGUCACUCCAGGCAGUAUUGUUUGAUGAGACCACCCAAGCUCGAUCCAUGCAGUUGAUGCGGUAUGUAAUCGUAUGGUUACUACGGCUUGUAUCGCCCGGCAAAGACAUCCCUAGAAAUGAGUUGGAGCUUCCUCUGUCCGAAGAACAGCCCAUGGCAUUCAAAUGCCUCCCAGAGUAUUUUGUUGAAGAUAUUGUCGGCAACUUCAAAUUCAUCACUCGGCAUAUGCCGCACAUCAUCACCUCCACGCAGUGUGAGGAAUUGGUGAAGAUCUGCAUUACGUUCUUGCGGAGCUCAGACUAUAUCAAGAAUCCGUACCUGAAAUCGGGUCUUGUCACGAUCCUGUACUACGGUAUUUACGAAAUCCCCGGACGAUCCAAAGGUGUGCUCGGUGAUACUUUAUACGGACAUCGCUUUGCAAUGCAGCACCUGCUCCAUGCUUUGAUGAAGUUCUAUAUUGAGUGCGAGAGCACCGGUGCGCAUACACAAUUUUACGACAAGUUUAAUAUUCGUUACGAAAUUUUCCAGGUCAUCAAAAGCGUAUGGCCCAAUACGAUUUAUCGCGACAAUCUUGCGACCGAGGCACGUGUCAACCUCAACUUUUUCGUCCAAUUUGUGAACCUGCUCCUGAAUGAUGUCACUUUCGUGCUUGACGAGUCUUUCACAGCGUUUAUACAGAUCCAUGAGGUCUCAAAGCUGUUGAAGAACCCACCAGGGGACAUGGACCAGGCCAUGAGGACAGAGCAAGAAGAGAAGUUGACAGCUGCACAAGGCAAAGCCAAGAGCUACAUGCAGUUGACAAACGAAACCGUUGCGAUGCUGAAGCUCUUCACCGAGGCACUCGCGGACUCUUUCACCAAGAAGGAAGUCGUCGUGAGACUGGCGCACAUGCUCGACUACAACUUGGAGGCUCUGGUAGGACCAAAGAAGUCGAAUCUCAAGGUGGAAAACCCCGAAGAAUAUGGAUGGAAUCCACGACAAAUGCUCGCUGAGCUCACAGACGUGUACCUCAACCUCCAGGGCAAGCAGUCGUUCAUCGAUGCGGUAAGCACAGACGGACGCUCUUACCGCCCAGAGUACUUGACCGAAGCCCACAACAUCCUACAGCGCUUCAGCCUCAAAGACCAGAAACAGCUGCUAGAAUGGGAGAACAUGGCCGAGCGUAUCAAGACUGCAAAAGACAUGGCGGAUAUGGAGGAAGCAGACCUUGGCGAUGUCCCUGAAGAGUACAUGGAUCCGCUGCUCGCGACGCUGAUGGAGGAUCCGGUUACCUUGCCAAUCAGCAAGCAGAUUAUUGACCGCAGCACCAUCCAGAGCCAUCUCCUCAGCGACCCGCACGAUCCUUUCAAUCGCACACCUCUCAAGAUUGAGGAUGUGAUUCCGAACGAGCAGCUGAGGGAGGAGAUUCAGACUUGGAAGGCGAAUCUGUUGGCAGAGAAGAUGGCAGAGCGGAAAGCUGCGAGUGCUGGUGAAGGAUCGAUGGAUACUUCGUGAGAGGGAUAAUGGAUGGCGAGGCGAUGGAUGAAGUGCAUUUGCGAGGAGUUAUGGUCUCUCUUUGGUCGCGCCAAGGGGCAUGGAGUCUGGUAUCACUGGCUAGAGGUGCAUGCGGUCAUGGAGUAUAUGCAGUCUUUAAUGAUUGGCAAUGUGUUUAUGAAGAAUCCCAGUCUCGGUGAUUGUUGGGUUUGGGUGGUUGUGGUAUGCUUUCGUCAGGUUAUGUCUGGGAAUCUAGUAUCAGGUUAGACGCACGCAAGAUGACAAGAACUAACGCUCAAGCC